UCAUUUUCGACCUCGGAAAGUUGCAAUAGAAUAUUGCAAAUAUGCAAAAUUUUCAAACUUCCUUCUGUUUUUUUUGCCACAGUGUAAAGAGCAGUAAUGGCGGCGCAAAGUUUCGUCCUUCUGGUGAUUUUUCUCAGUAAAUGUCUUGGACAAACUGAAUUCAUUUAUACAACAACGAAUGAAGUAAAAUUGUUCUGCGACACCAACAAAUGGCAAAUAAGCACAGAGUCUAACAACAUAAUUGAUGUGACUUGCACAGUGAAGUGUGUUCCUGGUAAACAGCUCAAACUUAACGAUACCCAGAAAUUCUGCACAAAUGAAGAUUCAGACAAAGUUGAGGAAAAAUGUCCACUAAUAGCAACCAGUGGAUAUUUUCGAUGUGUCACUGCUCUGGAUUCUGUUUUCUUGUAUCCAUUCGCACCGUCUCCCAACACUGUCACCUCAUACAUAGUCGCCCCUGCAAAUGAAUUCAUAACAAACAAGUCUGUGGAAAGAUCUUCAGUCAUGCUCACUAAAGGUGAAGAUGUACUUUUAAACUGCAGUUUCGACCGUACAGAAGGAUAUGACAACAUAGAUUUCUCUGUGUACUGGAUCAAGACCAUUGAAAAGAACAGUAUCUGUGUGUAUUCUUAUGAGUUUGAAAUGUAUCAUGGUAUAAAGUACAAUUUUAAAUGCAAUGUGCAAGAAGAUCUGAUUCAAAGGUUCUCAAACCAAUCUGAUGGCAGAAACAUCCAUAACAUCAGGAUCAGUAACGUAACAGAGUCAGAUGCUGGACAUUAUCUUUGUGCUUUACGAGUGAACACAUAUAAUAACGCCAAAGUUUACUGGAAGAUCAUAAAUAAUGUUACAGUCAGUGUACAUAAAGGAUCUGAGGACAACAAAUCUGAGGACAAAGAAUCUGAGGACAAAGGAUCUGAUGACAAAGAAUCUGAGGUCAAAGGAUCUGAGGACAAAGGAUCUGAGGACAAAGAAUCUGAUGACAAAGAAUCUGAGGACAAAGAAUCUGAUGACAAAGGAUCUGAGGACAAAAGAUCUCAAAUACCUGGAAACAGUUUUGCCACAGAAACCAUCACCUUAUGCACCACAAUUCCCAUACUACUGGCUCUUGCUAUAGCUAUUGUGGGGUUUAUCUGGAAAAAGAAUAAACCCCCCCCAGGAUCUCAGGCGACUGAACUACAAAGAAACCAACAAGGGGACGAUAUGGAAGAAACGGCUGAUGUGGAAUGUUCUCCGUAUGCUGUAGGGAGUGGAGAAGAGGUGGUUAAGUUCAAAUGCAAGCAGGAUGCUUUAAAUCAGAAAGACCAAGAAGAAUCCACAGUCUAUUCAGUUGUGAAGCAGAAUGACUUGUAUGAACCCGGACUUAUAUGAAGGUAUUUUAAUGCAUGUGUCUUUUUUCCUUUUCUGAUCGACGCGUGAAAAUGUUACUGAGGUGAAAUAUACUGAUGUCAUGUGUGGAUUAGAAUCUAGCAAGCUAAAGUGAAUACAGAAGUUUUAGAAUUAAAUGUUGUCAUUCAGCUCGUGGUCUUCCUUCGGGUCUAGCAAUCAAAUCUUCUAUAUAUAGUAUCUUUUAUAUAUUAAUAUUAAGAUUUGUUUAGUGAUGUACUGUAUUGAUUUCUGGAUUUUCCAAUGUUCCAAAGUUGUGCUGCUUUUUUUUCUCAGUAUUUUACAUUGCAAGAAUGUUUCAUUGUUUGAUUCAUGUCUCUCUGUAAUGAAGAUAUUUAUGUUUAUGAAUAAUAAAUGUAGAAUUUGUCUCCUAUAUGUUUCUGUAUGUUGUUAAUCUUCUACAUAGAAUGUGUAUGUAUGCUAUUUAGCUGUGGCCUAAAAAGAGGAUUUUUGCAUUACUCUUUUAAUAAGCCAUUGCUGUAUAAUGUUAAUGUCUAUACAAAUGUAAAAUAAAUAUGUCGCUACAAUAAA